CGAGCUCCUCAAGUACUUCUUACCCCAAGCACUAUCAUACCUCGCUCAAGAAGCAAGAUGUAUCGUUUGGACUACACCUUGAAUAAUCCCAAUAAGGGGUCUAUACCUGAUCCGCCGGGUUUCCUCAAGGCUCGUUCAAAGGAGACGGUAGCCAUUGAUGCACCGACGACUGAUGUGAUCGCGAAACGCACCAAGAAAGCUACAGAGCUGAAAAUGAAGCGAGCUUGGGAUUUGGCCAUUGGACCCGCCAAAUCGCUACCUAUGCAAGCUGUCAUGCUUUACUUCUCGGGAAGUGGUAUUCAGAUCUUCUCCCUUGGCAUGAUCUUCAUGCUGUUGACCGGACCAAUUGGAGCGAUUUUCAAUAUUUUGAAGACUUUCGAGCAGUUUCGCCCCACGCCCUUGCCUCGUAAAGAUGGAACCAUCGGAAGUCCUUCGUAUAUGCCACUAAUCCUUCCCAUGCUCGCCUUUGUUGGAUGUCAAGGCUUGCUGUUCAGCCUGGGCCUAUAUAAAUGCUCUACAAUGGGGGUCUUACCUACAGGCACAGGUGAUUGGUUGCAAUUUGAAACGCGAAAUGAGCCGCCAGAAUGGUCCGCAGCGAGAGCGUCUUCACUAGGAUAGCAGGAUGAUGCUUAUGCAAAUGAGACCAGACU